GCUUGCGCUGAAAACGAAAAACCCUACCAGUGUUGCUGCUUCUCAAUCAUGUCUCCGAAGAAGCAAAACGAAGAGGAUCCUUAUGUUUCCGACUCCGAUACCGACUCCACUUACGAGGACUCUUCUGCUUCCGGCGACGACGAUGGCGACUCCUUUGGUUCUCCUUCUGAAUCUGAAUCGGAGCCCGCAGCUGGUGAUGACAGUGAACCAGAUGAACACGGUGAAAGUGACAGCUCUGGACUCCAUCAGGAAGAGAGCGAUUCCUCUGAGGACGAGGUGGCUCCCAGAAAUACCGUAGGGGAUGUCCCUCUCCACUGGUAUGAUGACGAACCUCAUAUUGGAUACGACAUCAAGGGGAAGAAGAUCAAGAAGAAAGAUAAACUUGACAAAUUGGGCUCCUUCCUCGCCAAUGUUGAUGACUCUAAGAAUUGGCGGAAAGUAUAUGAUGAAUACAAUGACGAGGAAGUGGAGCUAACGAAAGAUGAGGUCAAACUCGUCCGUAGACUUCUCAAGAAUCGGGCACCACAUGCUGACUUCAAUCCAUAUCCGGACUAUGUUGACUGGUUUAAAUGGGAUGGUGCCAAACAUCCAUUGUCUAAUGCACCUGAGCCAAAAAGAAGGUUUAUACCUUCAAAGUGGGAAGCUAAAAAGGUUGUGCAGUAUGUUAGAGCAAUUCGCAAGGGAUUAAUUACCUUUGACAAACCAAAGGAGGAAGAUGGCCCAUAUCUCUUGUGGGAAGAUGAUUCUGGUUUGACAGAAAAAUCAAAUCAUUUGGCAUACAUUCCUGCACCAAAGCAAAAACUUCCCGGCAAUGAGGAGUCGUAUAAUCCUCCUCUAGAAUACAUUCCAACCCAGGAAGAGAUAAAUUCUUAUCAGUUGAUGUAUGAAGAAGAUCGUCCUAAGUUUAUCCCAAAAAGGUUUACAUCUAUGAGAAGCAUCCCUGCCUACGAGAAUGCCAUGAAGGAGUGCUUUGAACGUUGCUUGGAUUUGUACUUGUGUCCUCGAGUUCGGAAGAAACGUCUCAAUAUUGAUCCUGAGUCCUUAAAGCCAAAGCUUCCAAGUCGAAAGGAGCUCAAACCUUAUCCCACAGCAUGCUAUAUUGAGUAUAAAGGCCAUGAAGAUGCAGUCACAUCAAUUUCUGUUGAACCUUCUGGGCAGUGGAUUGCAUCAGGUUCAAAUGACGGAACCGUCCGAAUCUGGGAGGUUGAAACUGGCAGAUGUCUUAGACGAUGGGACGUUGGUGAAGCUGUUAAUUGUGUUGCUUGGAAUCCUCUGCCUGAUGUUCAUAUUUUGGCUGUCUCGUUGGGGCAAGAUGUACUUAUCUUGAACACUCGCUUGGGGGAUGACGAAGAACAGAAAAAGAUUAAGGAGCUUCUCUCGGUUGACACAUCUACACCAUCAGAUGAUUCUGGCAACUCGGCAACUAGUGUAAGAUGGCUUCAAGAUGAUAAACACGGGGGUAUAAAAUUAAAAUUUUUUAAGACUGUUACUGCUGUAGAAUGGCACCGGAAAGGUGACUACUUUUCGACAGUGAUGCCAGCAGGUGAAUCAAGAGCAGUUCUGAUACACCACUUAUCGAAGAAGCUUACACAAAAACUUCCAUUCAAGUUACACGGACUUGCUGUUAGAUCAACUUUCCAUCCAUCUCGUUCCAUUUUCUUUAUUUGUACAAAGCAGAGUGUUCGUGUGUAUGAUUUAUUGAAGAGAAAGCUCAUAAAGAAGCUAGAUACUGGGCUCCGUGAAGCCUCAUCUAUUGCGGUUCAUCCUGGAGGUGAUAAUUUAAUUGUUGGGAGCAAAGAAGGGAAGCUGUGUUGGUUUGACAUGGACCUUUCAUCUAAACCUUAUAAAACUCUCAAGUGUCACCCAAAAGAUAUCAACAACGUGGUCUACCAUCGUUCAUACCCCUUGUUUGCUUCAUGUUCAGAUGACUGCAAUGCAUAUGUGUUUCAUGGAAUGGUUUAUUCCGAUCUCAAUCAAAAUCCUCUUAUUGUUCCGCUGGAAAUUCUGCGAGGGCAUACAAGUUCAGACGGGAGAGGUAUAUUAGACUGUAAAUUUCACCCAAGACAGCCCUGGUUAUUUACAGCGGGUGCUGAUAAACUCAUUAAGCUUUACUGUCACUAAGGAUAAUCUUCUGCUAAACACACAUUCAUCUGGGAAUGGAGAGAGACUGAUUGAUAUAACAUAUAAUUGUAUCACUAAAUUGUUCUUCCAUUUGUUAAACAGAAAAGCACCUGGCGAGCGAGUUUCUUCUAAUUUUGUGUUGUGUGGGAACUUCUUGUAAUGGUGCAUAAAUUUUGUAUUCUACAUUUAUCUUCAAAUCUCUAGUUGAACACCGUCAUUGGAA